ACUUUAGAUGAGCAGAAUGAUGCGACUCGAGUGUAAAAAAGCUUUGAAGCGAAAUUAUCCUGCAAAGCAGAGGCAUCAAAAGUGCGGACAGAGCAGGAAUGUCACUCAUCAGUUGAAGGCCCCGCCCCCAGCGUGACGUCUAACCAUCAGGAGUCAGACGCUCAUCAGUCUCCAGUCAGAGCUACAAGGAGAACACAGUCACAUCUGACAGAUCCGAGGAGAGGAGGAAAGGUUCUACCACAAUGAUGGAGCUAAUGACCACUUCUCCUUUCUACCACACUAAUUCAACCGAUGAAACUGGRAGUAAUGUUUCUUGGUAUGAAGAGUAUGACUACAGAGAUGAUAAUUUUUCCAAAGAUGAUCACACUGAGCUGAGACGGUCACUCAACAUCAUGUCUCUGAUUGUUUACUCCCUGGCCUUUGUCCUYGGUGUGCUCGGGAAUGGAGUGGUUAUCUGGGUGACCGGCUUCAAGAUGAAGAAAACKGUGAACACAGUUUGGUUCCUCAACCUUGCUGUGGCCGACUUCCUCUUCACAGCAUUCCUGCCUCUCAGUGUCACAUACACAGCUAUGGAUUUCCACUGGCCAUUUGGGAAGUUCAUGUGCAAGCUGAACACCACUAUUAGCUUUCUGAACAUGUUUGCCAGUGUCUACAUCCUUGURGUGAUCAGUGUGGACAGAUGUGUGUCUGUGGUGUGGCCCGUCUGGGCCCAGAAUCACAGAAAUGUACAGAAGGCUUCCAGUGUGAGUCUGUGUGUUUGGGCUCUGGCUUUAAUCCUCAGCGCUCCGUACUUUGUCUUCAGGGACACCGGUCCAUCAUACCACAAUGAAGACAUCAUCAACUGCUUCAACAACUUUGCUUUCUCUGACGACUAUGAAACUCCAUCUGUGAUUCGGUUACGACUGUUUCGCCAUCAGGCCAUGACCAUCACUCGGUGUGUCCUUGGGUUUGUCAUMCCCUUCACUGUCAUUGUCUCCUGUUAUGCCGUCAUAAUCCAUCGACUUAGCAGAAACCGCACCCUGGCCAGCCAUUCAAGUCGUCCUUUUAAAAUCAUUGCUGCCAUCAUCGUCACCUUUUUCCUCUGCUGGGCUCCCUUUCACAUCAUGGGUCUAAUUGAGUUGGUGCAUCACAUGACAAAUUAUGCAAAUGAAACAUUUGACCACAUCGUUAUGAUUGGUGUCCCAAUCGCAACCAGUCUGGCCUUCCUGAACAGCUGCAUGAAYCCACUGCUGUAUGUGUUCAUGGGACAAGAUUUUAAGGAUAAAGUCCGCAAAUCCAUCCUGAAGGUUUUAGAGACGGCCUUCCAGGAGGAGGUGUCUCGCUCCUACACCUACACAAACUCCAUGAUCACCAUCCGAAGCAAAGACAAGUCUUUCUCUGAUGCCGAGGUSUAAGGUGUUCACUGAUAMAGACUUUAAACUGAACWAUGUAAAUAUUUCUGAUUUAAAAAAAAUAGUGUUUUGUCUUUGUUUUGUUUGUUUUUUUCUGUUGAGCAUUUGUACAGCUUCACUAUGCAGGUCAGUUUUGUGUACAAUAUCUCCUUAAACCUAGGGAAUUUUUACAUUGUAAGGCCCAUCCUGGCCACAGUCAGCCUGGCCUUAUUCUACCCUGGCCACGGUUGUGUUUGCUUUUGAGCCAGUGGCAGAGCGAGACAUUUUUCCCAGGGGUGGCCAAACUGGCACCACUACUCACACKGGGGUGGCCAAGAAAAUUACACAAUUUUUUUACUUGAAAGUUUCUGCAGAUCUUUGUGUUUUGGUCAUUUCAUCACAUUUCAUCACAGGCAGUGACUACCUUAUAAACAUGGGCAUCAGAACCAUCCUAAAAGUGGGGCGACAAACCGUUGAGGGGUCUGGGGGUCCUCCCCCAGAAAAUUUUGGACAAAAUAGAUGCCAUUUCCUGCGUUCUGUUG